CGACUCAAUGGCGUCUCCCUCCACCUCCCUCUCCCUCCAGGGAUCCCUCCCGCCCUACCUAAAGCACAUGAUCCGCUGCUUCCCUCCCCCACCACCAACUUGUACCCAUCCAACCUGCGCCAUCCGUGCGCCUUCUCCCCCGCAGAGACCCUCCGUCGAACGUGGUACCCUCGAGUCCCGCCGCCAAAUCCUCGAAACGUUCCGCUACACCCGCCAGAUCGCCCAGGGAUGGCUGGAGAUCCACCAUGUGAAAGACGACAAGGAGCUGGAGGCCGCCGCCCUCCUCCUUGCCGAGCCAUAUAGCAGGGCCAUGCACCUGUCGGACGGCACCAUGCCCGUCGCCGCCUUUGUGUUGAAGCAAGAUAUGGCCGAGCGGCGGGUUCUGGUUCCGCAUGUGGCGUUGCUCGUCGGGUUCUAUUACAAGGACAGGGAUGGGGAAGAGGCGGAGUUGGCUUGCACUGCCGAUAUCUCUUUUGACGCCAUCGGGGCGCAUCCUUCUCCCGGCACGCCUCGCCCCCCUAAGGAAUAUCCAUACAUUGGCAACGUCGCUGUGAAGAAGACGCUUCGGAGAAAAGGGAUUGGUUCGCAACUUAUAAAGGCAUGUGAAGAACUGAUAAUUCAGAUGAAGGCUGAAAGAAAAGUAUACCUUCAUUGCAGAGUGACUGAUACAGGUCCACUCAGAUUGUACGAGAAAACUGGCUAUAAGGUUGUCAAGACAGACAGCAUCUUGGUUUGGCUGCGCUGUAAACCGCGCAGGUACUUGAUGUCCAAAGAAUUGCCGCUGAACACGGAUGAGAAGCAGUCUGAUGCCUCGGAUUGCAAACAUUGUCCCAUCUGAUUACCUACAUGUGGUGCCUGCCACGACCGGCGGAUAACUUUGUAUGCUAAAGUUUCUAUUUUUCGAUGAGGAUGUUCAUGUAUACCCGUAUCUGAUAUUAAUGUGCGACAAGUUCUCUUGAUGAAUGGAGUAAGCCAUCAAAUAUAUAUGCUGAUGGUUGUUUGCGAUGUUCC